GUGAGCGCGGCUUCCCGGCCCGGGGUCGGCGCCCGCUCGCCCGCCCUGCCUCCGCCUCGGCUUCCCAGCGCAGGGGCCGGCGGCCGCGGCAGGGCGGGCGCCGCGCGGGGGCAGGGCGGGCGUAUUCAAUGGAAGUAUGUUACCAGCUGCCGGUGCUGCCCCUGGACAGGCCGGUCCCCCAGCACGUCCUCAGCCGCCGAGGAGCCAUCAGCUUCAGCUCCAGCUCCGCGCUCUUCGGCUGCCCCAAUCCCCGGCAGCUCUCACAGAGGCGUGGAGCUAUCUCCUAUGACAGCUCUGAUCAGACUGCGUUGUACAUUCGUAUGCUAGGAGAUGUACGCGUAAGGAGUCGAGCAGGAUUUGAAUCAGAAAGAAGAGGUUCUCAUCCAUAUAUUGAUUUUCGUAUUUUUCACGCUCAAUCUGAAAUUGAAGUUUCUGUGUCUGCAAGGAAUAUCAGAAGGUUACUAAGUUUCCAGCGGUAUCUUAGAUCCUCACGCUUUUUUCGUGGUACUACAGUUUCAAACUCUCUAAACAUUCUAGAUGAUGAUUAUAAUGGACAAGCCAAGUGUAUGCUGGAAAAAGUUGGAAAUUGGAAUUUUGAUAUCUUUCUAUUUGAUAGACUAACAAAUGGAAAUAGUCUCGUAAGUUUAACCUUUCAUUUAUUUAGUCUUCAUGGAUUAAUUGAGUACUUCCAUUUAGAUAUGAUGAAACUUCGUAGAUUUUUAGUUAUGAUUCAAGAAGAUUACCACAGUCAAAACCCUUACCACAAUGCAGUCCACGCUGCAGAUGUUACUCAGGCCAUGCACUGUUACCUAAAAGAACCUAAGCUUGCCAGUUCUGUGACUCCCUGGGACGUCUUGCUGAGCUUAAUUGCAGCUGCCACUCACGAUCUGGAUCAUCCAGGUGUUAAUCAACCUUUCCUUAUUAAAACUAACCAUUACUUGGCAACUUUAUACAAGAAUACCUCAGUUCUGGAAAAUCACCACUGGAGAUCUGCAGUGGGGUUAUUGAGAGAAUCCGGUUUAUUCUCACACAUGACGUUAGAAAGCAGACAGCAGAUGGAGGCUCAGAUAGGCGCUCUGAUACUGGCCACGGACAUCAGCCGGCAGAAUGAGUACCUGUCCUUGUUCAGGGCCCAUCUGGACAGAGGCGACUUAUGUCUGGAAGACACCAGGCAUAGGCAUUUGGUUUUACAGAUGGCUUUGAAAUGUGCUGAUAUUUGUAAUCCGUGUCGGACCUGGGAAUUAAGCAAGCAAUGGAGUGAGAAAGUGACAGAGGAGUUCUUCCAUCAAGGAGAUAUAGAAAAAAAGUAUCAUUUGACUGUGAGUCCACUUUGUGAUCGUCAGACUGAAUCUAUUGCCAACAUCCAGAUUGGUUUUAUGACGUAUCUCGUGGAGCCUCUGUUCACAGAAUGGGCCCGGUUCUCCAACACCAGGCUGUCCCAGACAAUGCUCGGACACGUGGGGCUGAACAAAGCCAGCUGGAAGGGACUGCAGAGAGAACAGGCCAGCAGUGAGGACACUGAUGCUGCAUUUGAGGAGUUGAACUCACAGUUAUUACCUCAGGAAAACCGGUUAUCAUAACCCCCAGAAUCAGGGGACGGACUGCCUCCUGGAGGUUGUCAGUAAUGUGAAUGGGGUCUUGAGGUGAGAGGACUUACUCUUGACUGCCAAGGGAAGUGAAUGAUGCCAGCAUUAUUUAUUUCCAAGAUUUCCUCUGUUGGAUCAUUUGAGCCCACUUUUUAAUUAUAAGACUCGAACAUACAGCAAUAUGCAUUUUUGGCUUUCGUGUGAAACCUUGAAUAUGCAAAGCCCAGCGGGAGUGAACCGAAGGGAGUAACAGGAAGUUCUGCAGGAAGUUUUGUGGUGGCCCUCGUGCUUCUUGAAGCAUCAUGAAACUUGAACUGAAGCCUUCAGCAGAAAUCUUUGGAAUUUAACCAGUCUGAUGCAACAGUGUGUAUCUGUACCUUCCACUAAGUUCUCUCGGAGAAAAUGGAAAUGUGAAGUGCCGCGCCUCUGGCAAGACUCGAUGUUUACAAACCAACUCUGAAACAUUGGUUCUAAAUUUGCCUUGGAGCAUGAUUGUGAAGGAACCACUAAGAAUUUUAAAGAUCAAACCUGACCUGCAGCUCUUUCCCCCUGGUUUGCCUUUUUUCUUCUUUGGAUGCCACCAAAGCCUCCCAUUUGCUGUAGUUUUAUUUUGUGCACUGGAAACUGAGCAUUUAUCAUAGAGUGCCGCCGAGCUUUCACUCCAGUGCUGUCUGGCAAUGCAAUUUUUUUAACUCUUAGUUUUUAAUUUGGGGCGGGCGGGGCAGAACCCCAGUGUCCUAGCUGUAUUAUGAUUCCGCAGUGAAGACAUUGCAUGUUGUUUUCACUACUGUACACUUGACCUGCACAUGCAAGAAAAAGGUGGAAUGUUUAACACACCAUAAUCAGCUCAGGGUAUUGCCAAUCUGAAAUAAAGUGGGAUGGGCAAGUGUGUCCUUCAGAGCAAGGGUACUAAAGUCCCUCUCGCUGCAGGGAGUGAGAGGUAUGUUGUGUGUGUGUGUGGAUGUGUGUUUGGGGCACGCGCGUGCAUGUGUGACUGCAUGUGUUCUAUUUAUCCACGUGGGAAGGAUUGGAAACGUCAGCUUUUAUUUAUUAUUUUAGAAUGUGACAUAGUGAGCGGCCACACGUGGGAGGGGAAGGGAGGUCGGCUCUAACAGAUCGCUCCAGAUGCCUUAAACUAUGCACAAAGCUAAGUGACCAAACUUCCUGUUUUGAUUUGAAAAAAGUGCAUUGUUUUCUUGUCCCUCCCUUUGAUGACACGUUACCCUUUGACGGGCCUCUUGAUGUGAACAGAUAUUUUCUAGGACAAAAUCUAAGGACUACUUUUAACCUUGCAACAUUCCACUUUUGUAAUCUGUUUUAAAUUGUUCUAUGUAUAGUAAGCACAACUGUAAUCUAGUUUUAAGAGAAACCGGUGCUUUCUUUUAGUUCAAUUGUAUUUCCCUUGUUACUGUAAAAGACUGUUUAUUAAUUAUGUUUACAAGUAUGUUGCAACAGCCAUUUUCUUGGGAGAAAGCUUGAGUGUAAAGCCGUUUGUAAAAGGCUUUGCCAUACUCAUUUUAAUAUGUGCCUGUUGCUGUUAACUUUUGAUGAAU